UACGUUUACAUAAAAAUUGACGUUUCCCACUUUUCGAAUUUAGAAUUGCGGCACUAUAUUAUACUUUGUUUUAUUAAUUUAAGUGCAAUUCUAUUUGUACUUACCUAUUAUUAACUCUGUUAAUUGUUUGUCAAUCUUUUAAACGCACUUCGUGUUGUUCUUGAAGUUACAUAAACAAAAUCCAGAAUUACAUUGCCAUGUAUUGUAUCCACAUACUAAUGCUUUAGCAUGAACUUUAGAUCAAAACAUGUAUCCUGGUUAUUUCUUCGACCCUGGCUAGGGGUGCCCCUGGGAAUAUGGAUUGCAGUGUCUGUUGUUUAUUACUGGUGGUUAAUAUCAAGGAUAAGUAUACUAGAAACACAGAACAAAGUAUUUAAAACUCAAUUAAGGCUGUCACAGAGUGCUAUGAGGCAGAUGUCUGAGGGCACACUCACUACAUAUAAGGUUCCAUUUAUUCCAGACUCAAUAGGCACACUGUGUGAAACAGUUCACAUAGCGAUGGUAUGCAUGGGUAAAUGUAUGAGAUUAGUUACACCCAUGAUAAAGUCUCUACUCCACCACCGCCAAAAUCCACUGCACUUUCAUUUUAUUGUGGAUAGUACAUCACAAGAAAUAACUAAUAUACUGUUUGAUACAUGGGAUUUACCUGAUGUUAAAUAUACUUGCUAUGAUGCCCAAAACUGGCUGCCCCAAGUGAGAUGGAUUCCUAAUAGUCACUACUCUGGUAUAUAUGGCCUUGUGAAACUCUUGUUCCCCAGUAUAUUGCCAAAUACAUUAAAGCAAGUUAUUGUACUGGAUUCAGAUUUAACAUUCCUUUGUGAUAUUGCUGAGCUGUGGAGAUUAUUUAGAAAUAUGAGUGAAAAUCAGUUUAUAGGUUUAGUAGAAAACGAAAGUGAUUGGUACUACGACACAGAGAAGCACUGGCCAGCAUUAGGGCGCGGAUACAAUACAGGUGUGAUGCUGCUCGACCUUGAAAAAAGCAGAGACAUGUACUGGACCGCACUUUGGCAUGAUGCAGUCAGCGAGAACCUUGACAGGUUGAAGCAUACCACUUUAGCUGAUCAGGAUGUUAUAAACGCGGUUAUAAAGAAUAAUCCUAAAAUUGUGUACAAUAUUAGUUGUCAUUAUAAUGUACAAAUGUCUACAAAGACCAUGGCCAAGAGUUGUUAUGGCGAAGAUGGAACUUAUGUUAAGAUAAUACAUUGGAACUCUCCCACCAAGUACAAUAUACGGAUAAGGGAUUCGGAUUUCUUUAGAAAGAUCCACCAGUCGUAUGUGAACUUUGAUGGAAAUCUACUCAGAGAAAAAUUGCACAGUUGCUCCCAAGCGGAGGUUGUAACGUAUAAGAUGAAUCACUCCGAUUUGUGCAUUAGUUUUCGAGCGGCACAACGUGUCAAACUUCGUACACAUGUUUAUUAUAUGGAGUAUAGUUACUCGGACAUAGACAAUUUCGACGUGACUCUUGUGGUUCAAUUGUCUAUGGACCGACUUCAAUUCCUAGAACGACUCGUCAAGUAUUGGGAAGGACCACUAAGUGCAGCAAUUUAUCUAUCGGACUGCGAUGUUGCAAAGUUUGAGAGCUUCAUAAACGACUGGUCUGACACAUUAAGCACAAGACGAAAUAUUGGAUAUCAUCUUGUUUUCAAACACGAUUCGGUACACUACCCUGUCAACUACCUUCGUAACGUGGCACUGGAGCACGUCAACACGCCGUACGUGUUCCUAAUGGACGUAGACUUCGUACCGAUGGCAGGACUGUACGAGCAUUUACGAGAUGCCAUUAGAAUCAUCAACCCCUACCCACAGAAAAAGUGCUUAGUUGUGGCGGCAUUCGAGACGCAGCGAUAUCGGGCAACACUGCCUCGUAACAAAGCAGCGUUGGUCGCUCGGUUGUCGGGCGAUGUGGCGCCGUUUAGAGCUCGUGAAUGGCCACGUGGUCACCGCGCCACCAACUACAGCCGAUGGACCACUGCCACCGCCCCUUACGAGGUUGAAUGGCAAUCCGACUAUGAACCUUAUCUUGUAGUGCAUAGAACAGUUCCUAAAUACGACACGCGCUUUUCAGGAUUCGGUUGGAACAAGGUAUCACAUAGUGUGUCACUGCGGGCGCUCCGGUACCGGCCGUUGGUUCUCCCGGGAGCCUUCGUGGUGCACACGCCACAUGCGCCCUCCAAAGAUAUCACGGCCUUCCGCGCCGACCCGCACUAUCGCAUUUGCUUAGCGCUCCUGAAACAAGAAUUUAUGGACGAUCUCAAGAGGAAGUAUAAUAUCACCUUUGAUGAACCUCCCAAACCAGACUCUUUAUAUUUGGGGCAAGCGAAAAGCCUCUUACUCAAUAUGGCAAAGAAUAAUGAUUGAAUCUACUUGUUGUAUUAUUGUUAAAUGUAAUGGCAAUACCUGAAUAGAAAGACUUGAAAGUCAGACUUGCCUUUCUCGUGAGUAUUUAGUUUUUUUAAAUUUGUAUAAACAAACAGAAAAACUCAAUGUUACUCAUGUUGUUAUUUUCAGGCUUCGUCGUUACUAAUAUUAUAAAUGCGAAAGUAACUCUGUCUGUCUUUCUGAGAUUUCGUGUUAAAACUACCGAACCGAUUUAAAUGAAAUAUGGUACACAAAUUGUCUAGACCUUGAAAAAGGACUAGGCGACUUUUUAUGCGUAAAAAGGGUUGUAAGAGGUUGAAAAGAGGAAUAAAAGGUUGUAUGGAAGUAAUAGUAAGUAGUUUAAAAAAAUUACCCUUAAGGGGGAGGGGGAUAAAAUAAAAUUAGGUAUGAAAGUUUGUAUAGAAACUUGUCAUUUAUUGAAGAACGAUGAAACUUUUUUCAUUGUUUCAUUUCAUUCACAGCUGGUAUUAUAUAUUCUAGUAAUACAAAGUCAUUAUUAAUAAUAAGUUUAAUAGGAAUGCAAUAAAAUUUAUAUUUUAUAUUAGAAUGUAAUAUAAAAUUUCUGUGAUUUAACCAAAUAUCUUACAUUACCUAAAAAACACAAAAGUGUAGUUUUUCUCACAUUAAACUGUUUGUUAUUUUAUCUUUUUCUUGUGAUAAUAAUGUUUUUUAUAUUCAACUUAGACGAAAUUGAAUGAAUAUUUCUUGUGUAUUAAGCAGACAAUGAGCAAUACAUUAAAACUCGCCCCAGUCGUAAUCGAAUAAUAAGGCUUUAAAUAUAUUUAAAUAAUUGUAAAGAGUAUCUGAUUUUGUUAUAUUGGAUAUGCGAAAUAAUAUAUAUUUUAAACCCCUUAUUCAUAUAACGAAAAACUAUAAAUACGUUUUAACUAUCGUUGUUUUAUUCGUAGAUAAAUAUAUAAUAGAUAAAAUGGUGCACUCCCCUGAGCUAACUAUUAGUUUCCAUUACUAACAAUACCAUCCCUCCAUCCCACAUUCAAUGUUUUGUCUCAUUCUAUAAAAUGAAGAAUAUAGCUCGUUAGAAAGUGUCAGAAAGGUCUAAAAUAGUUUUUUUAACCGUUCAACGUUUAUAAGGGGGUUAUAUAAUAAUACAAUAAAUAAUAAUAAUAAGGGGGUUCGAAUAUUGUUCAAUGUAAAUAAAUUUUAUAAGUAUAAUAGAGUAGUAAUAAUUUACUUAUCACGGGACUUUAUUACUAUGUUACUUAUGAAUAAAUUUUAUAUUUGAAUUCAGUAUUGUUACUUUACUAUUUAUAGAAAUAAAUUUGACAUAUUUUUUUGGUACAUCCGAUUCUAUCACAAGCGAAGACUCGCGUCUGGUUAUGGAACGCAAUUGCUAACAACUUUUGUAACUUGAAUAUAUUUUUUAUUUUGUCCGUGUCAAACCGGAUAAGGUACGAAAACACCGUGAGAACGCGUAGUCCCAGAUUUGAGGCUCGAUCCAGGUUUAUUAUUUUAAUAUUCCAUUGUAUUGUAAUUUAUAUUUUACGUAUUCAAAAUAAGAUAUUUUUAAUAUGAAAGUUGUAAUUAAUUUGUUAAGCUUAAUUAUUUUUAAUUUCAUUUAUUGAGUAAGUGAAUCUUAAUCUGAAUAUUUUUACUUGUUAUGAAUAAACUUUGCUUCUUCAGUCUCACACAUCCUAAUGGUAGCGGAAUUAAACAAAUUAAUAUAAAUCCAUCCAAUUAAUCGAAGAAAAAUAACUUUUAAUCGUAUUCUAUUCAAAUCAAAAUA